AUGAAUCACAACAGCGAUAGUGAUCCAUACAAGGAAGUGAUCCGAGGUGGUUUGAAAUUGAAGAAGGGCAAGUCCAAAUUCAGGAAAAAAGAUGUACUCUUGCAAAAUGAUACUCUCUCAGGAUGUACUCUUGCAAAAUGGUUGUCUUUUAAUUGGUUGUUGUUGUUAAUUGAAAUUGAUAUUGGUGAAAUGGUAUUGAAGCAGCCUGGAGGUGCUGUUACUUUUCACAAAACAAAGAAAGAAAGUGUUGACUUAAAGAGUAUUGAUAUAACCAUCCACAAAGAUGCCGAUGCAGCAGUUACAUAUAAGACACCAGCAGAGAUAGCAUUUGAGAAGCGACAGUUGCAAAAUCAGGCGAGGAUUUUUGAACGGUUGGCGAAGAAAGCAGCUGUAAGUCAUCGUGAAAAAGUUGAAAAGUUCAAUCAACAGAUGAGUGAACUAACCGAAUUCAAUGAUAUACCAAAAGUUUCAUGGACAAAGUGA